UUUUGGAUACAGGCAGAGGAAGCUCAGCGAAAGCUUAAGAGACAGAAUGGAGAGGACCCAGCCCUGCCUCCAUUCUGCCCACUGUUUGCCAGCUUGGGAAACAUUCUGCAGUGUGACGUGCUGCUUGGCAUGCUGGGAGCUGUGCUGCAGUGGGCUAUGGAGCCCAGUGGAGGACACUGGUCUGAGUCCAUGCUGCAGAGGGUGCUGCACUUGAUAGGCAUGGCUCUGCUGGAGGAGCAGCAACAGCUAGAGAACAUUGGGGAUGACGAUGAAGUUACUUUCAACUUCACCCUCAAAAUCUCCCGUCCCGGUGAACCCCCCGGCAACACUCCAAGCAUCCUGGCUCUGUUAGAGACCUUGCAGUGCACGCCUCACUUGGAAGUGCACAAAGACAUGAUUCGCUGGAUCCUUAAAGUAAAAUUACAUCUUGAUUAUGUUUGCAAUUUGCCUUACUCUCUCUAUGCAUGCACCUAAUAUGUCCAGCAGGUGGCAGCCUAGCAUGUUUUACAAUUCGCUCACUGAAGGUAGGCGCAACAUACAAAAGAUGAGCGUUUUUACCAUGAAGUUUAAAGCAGUGCUGCAUCAUCAAGACCUGUUUGAAAUCCAAGCAGUGCAACACUGCUC